AUGCCGAAAGCCAUGAAAGGGGCCUUGCUCCAAUGUGACCCGCCUCAGAUGGCCAUGGUCAGAAAAAUCGACCGAGAAUCCGAUAAUGCUUACAUCAUCGAGGAGAUUGACGAUCGCACCUGCCUGGUGAAGGACAACAAGGUGGAGGAAAUCAAAGCUAAAGUGAAGGAGUUGAUGGACACGGCGAUGGGCAUGGACGACGAUGAGAAUGAUGACAAGGACAGUGAUCUUGAUUGA